GUUCUUUUUUCUUUUCUUUUUUAUUAUUGACAGAAUGAAAGAAGGAGAAUGAGAAAGCACGUUCCUUCCUCCGCGGGUCACGGACUCUUUCUACCCGGCCAAUCUGUUACGGAUCGUUCUCUCGCUUCGUUCAAUUUCUUCGCCUCCCGUCAGAUGGCGACUUUCGUUUUUACGGUGGCCGAUGGAGAACGGAUGUGCGAGAGUCGUGCGCGUUCCUGACGUGCAGUCGAUCCGAGAACUCGAAACCUGUCGCGAACGCAAGCCGACCUUUGACUCCGCUUUCCAUGAACUUUCGUGAUUCGCACAGUGACGAAGAGCUCGUGACAGGUCCUGUUGACAACACAGCACUGGACCGUUCUCGCUUUCAUCCCACCUGAAACACUGCCAAUCCAACGGAAACGCGAGGAUCUUGCGUGGGAUUUUGCCAUGGGCCGCACAGGAUACACGUGCAUCAGGCACGUUUUCUGCUCCCUCAACGUUCUCAUUUGGUUAUGCGCUUGCGGAAUUUUGGGUGCAGGCCUCUGGCUACGAUUGGCUUACUCCGGAUACACGACCUUGGUGCCGCACUACAGUUUCGCGUCAGCUGACUCGUUGCUGCUGGCCGCCGGAUGCGUGACCUUCGUCAUCGCCUUCUUCGGCUGCUGCGGUGCAUGGUUUCAAUCGAGAUGCAUGUUGAUCACGUACUUUUUCUUGGUGAUACUAAUGUUCCUCGGUGAGUUUAUGCUGGGCACCCUGGCCUUCAUCUUUAGAGAACAUUUAGCCAAGAGCCUGAAGGACGAGCUUCUGUUCGGCAUUGAGAAACAUUACAACGUGACCAGGGAACCUGGAACGCUUCCUGCUAUAUGGGACCACAUACACACAGAGUUCCAUUGCUGCGGCGUGCGAGAUUACACCGACUGGUUCCGGAUCAACGCGUGGCCGACGGAGGAUCGAGUGCCGGACUCCUGCUGCAUACAGAGGGAACGGUACUGCGGUCGUCUCGACCUUGAGGAACGGAACAAGGAGCUCUGGUACCAGGAAGGCUGCGCCACGGCCAUUCAAAUGUGGCUAGUCACCAGGCUUCACGUGGUAGGCACCGUUGGCCUCGUCGUCGCCUUCCUCCAGCUGUUCGGACAAGUGGCCAGCAUGAUCUUGUUCUGCACCGUCAGGCACAAGAGGUCAUCCCACACGUACAAGAGCUACGACACUACGAACACCUAGAAUUUCAGAUGGAUCUUAGACGAGACCAGUGUCUAAGGUCCAUCGAAACAACUCAACUUCAACUAUAAUCAAUAUCACGCGUCAAAUCACGUCUGCGACAAUCACGAUCUUCUUCACAUCCUCCCUCCCCCCUCCCCCGAGAACUUUCGCGAAGAAGAUUUCGAUUGUUGCACUCGCGCGCGCGCUGGAUCCCUCCAAAUUUUCUUUUCCUCGUGUGCACACUCGAUUCUGUCCCCAGACGAGAACGACUCCUGUUUUUCUAUCGUAGAGCUCGAGUAGGUAGAUUCCCCAGUGAUCACCGCCGAAUCUAUCGCCGCCACUAUCGCACGUACGCGAGUGUGCGUGAACCUUCUGCUUUAUCGGCGAACGAGAUAGUGGGACGAGACGAUUAACGAGCACCACGCUUCAGAGACGCACGAGACGACCGAUUACUCUAAUGGCUCGUUCAAUUCGAGACGAACGCGAACCCUUCCUCCGUUUUUUUCGCCGACCAGUUCGACAAACACCUCGAACACAACGGGACACCAAGUUUCCAACUCGUAGGAAUAAGGACGAAUCAAAAGGACUAGAGUGGAGUACAUUGUCGCGAGAUCGUUUUGAUCGAUUGUCGAUUAGACUAGACACGCGACAGAGAAACUUUGUAUAUCGUAGAUUAUUGCGAUUACGUUUUAUGUUACCUUGCAUGCGAAUCAGUUUUAUUUACUAGAGGCAAGACACGUUGUAGGCACGCACGCCGAGUAUACCAAAAUAUCGCCGUUUCGUCGUAACCAGGGGCUUUGCCCGACGAUUUCUCGUCGAUACUUUGUUUCUUCGGUAUAACGUCCCCGGUUGCGCGAACGCGGGCACAACUAUUGUAUUUUUUUUAUCGCGUUAAGAUCGAACCGAUCGCACGCCCGCGGAACACCUGCAGUUUCCAAGAUUUUAUUACCUUUCGCUUAGCUUUAAAAUCCACGGGCGUGUCGAUCGGCACGUAUGUAUACGUUUUCAUCGUGAUUAUUUUGAUCGUGUACAACGCCGUGUCAAUUGUAGUUGGUAAUUUAGCAGCACUCGAGAGUCUAUUAUUCAAGUUUAUUCAAGUGCCGUGAUUUCCAGUGCAGCUUGCUAUUUUGCGUUGCAUCACGCUGUAGGAUGUUCGUUACGUGUAUCGUUCGAGUAAUAAACAAUGUAUUUAUGCGA